CAAACGCACGCCAGAAGUGCAAAGUUUGUCCACAGCACACGUUCAAACCUGUCCAGCUGCGGCGCUGUCCAUUGUCCGUCAUUCACAAGUGGUCACAGUAAUCAUUUCCAAUGCUCGUGUGUGCGUGCGUAUGUGCAUUAUCCUCUUUGUCGUGCUCCAGGGGCCAGCAUCUCUCUCUCGCUCCGGUGCUGUAACGUUACACGCACACAUUGAAGCGCGCUGGACUUGAAUCUUUUUGCCCUGGCCCGAACGCGCAGAGCAAAACCUUCUCCAGUAACAAGACGACACAGAUACACAGCCACACACAGGCACACACGAAGUUAACCCCACAAAAGGGAGAGAGUGAGAGCAGCCAAGGAAGAGAAGCGCAUAAGCCCAGCAUAAGCAUAGAGCAGCAGUUAGCAGCAGCAAGUCCGCCAGCGGCCAUCGCUGUUUGCGAACGCGAACGGCCCCCCAAAAUCGCAAAAUCGCCUCCCCGAGAGCAGUGCGUGUGUGUGUGUGUGUGUUUAUAACGUCAUAAACAAAAAAAAAACAGCAAAAACUCUAAAAAGUGACUAAAACGUGCGUUUUGUGUGACAAACUGUGGUGUGAAAAACACGGGUGGACAUUACUUGCACGAACGUCUGCCUGUCUGGGUGUGUGUGUGUCCGGGCAGUGGUGUGCCACACCACACACACACACACACGCACGCCCGUCCGCCCGCCCUGUGGAGUUGGCCUUCUCUCCAGUGCGUAUGGUGGUGUGCCGGACCGGAAGCCAAGAGAACGAGAGAGAGCAGUAGCAGCAGCAGCAACACCCGGCACGCGGCAGAUUUGUGGGUGGCGGCGGGCAGGGGUGCAGUGGGUGCUGGAACAUCCCCCCCCCCCCAUGGGCAGGAAAGGAGCGAUGAAGGCCUAGCACACAUACACACCACACACCCACACACCGGGUUUUUGUGUCCGGGGCUCCGUUUCUGGUCGGGCCGAAGAGCCGCUGCAACGAUUGCAUCUUGUCCACCACCUUGCCCCCCCCCGGCCAACGAAAGCGAGCAUAGCAAUGGAGCGGUUCCAGCGCACCGGCACCGCGCUCCUCAUCCUCAUCAGCGUACUGUGCGCCCAACCGCAAGCCAAUCACAAUGUCCCGUCGAAGGGCAGCAACGCCACAGACCUUAGCAGUCGACUAGUUAGUCAAAUAGUUUUUAAUUCUACCCUCAACCACCUGGCGGUGGACAGAAGCACCGGAAGUGUUUACGUGGGAGCGGUGAACAAGCUGUACCAGAUAUCGAACGAACUGAACAUCCUGACGGUCGUGACGACCGGGCCGCAGAACGACUCGUACCAGUGCACGAUCCUGGAGUGUCCGGGCGGGGCGGUGAAGACGCCGAUGGACAACGUCAACAAGAUGCUGCUGAUCGACAGCAACGCGAAGAACCUGAUCGUGUGCGGGUCGCUGUUCCAGGGCAUCUGCCACAUCCGCAACCUGCACAACAUCAGCAUCGUGGAGCAGGAGGUGCUGGAGGCGGUGGUCGCGAACACGGCGAACGCGAGCACGGUCGCGUUCAUCGCGCCCGGGCCGCCGCUCGCGUCCGCGGAGAACAACGUGCUGUACGUGGCGGUCACGUUCACCGGCAACUCGCCGUACCGCAGCGAAAUACCGGCGGUGUCGUCGCGCAGCCUCGCCCGGGACCGGCUGUUCCAGCUGGCGGCGAGUGCGGUCACCACCGGGACGCGCCUGUUCGUCAACAACUACGCGCGCGAAACGUACAUCAUCAACUACGUGUACGGGUUCAGCUCGGAGCGGUUCUCCUACUUCCUCACCACGCAGUACAAGAGCAGCUCGCACUACGCGUCGAAGGAGCGCAUCACGAAGCUGGUGCGCAUCUGCCAGGACGACUCGCACUACCAUUCGUACACGGAGAUCCCGGUGGACUGCACGAGCAAGGACGGCACCAAGUUCAAGACGGUGAGCGCGGCGUACGUCGGCAAGCCGGGCCACGAGCUCGCCCAAAGCCUCGAGAUCACCACGAACGACGACGUGCUGUUCGCGGUGUUCGAUGCGCCGACCGCGAACAAGUCCGCCCUGUGCGUGUACUCGCUGAAGGCGAUCCGGAAGAAGUUCAUGCACAACAUCAAGAAGUGCUACAACGGGGAGGGGCUGCGCGGGCUGGACUACAUCUCGCAGAACAUGCCGUGCAUCGCGACCAAGCUGCAGACGAUCGGGGAGGAUUUCUGCGGGCUGGACGUGAACUCGCCACUGGGCGGCGAGCAGGCGGUCGCGUCCCUCGCCGUCAUCCUGUCGGAGGAGCGCAUGACGUCGGUGGCGGUGACGGCCACGUCCAACUUUACCGUCGUGUUCAUCGGCACCGAGACGGGCCAGCUGAAGAAGAUCGUGAUGGAGUCGUCCACCUCCGCGAUGCAGUACGCGAUGAUGAACGUCGAUCUCGGAUCGCCGAUCCAGCCGGACAUGUACCUCGAUCCGGAGCACGACGACCUGUACCUGAUGUCGCUGUACAAGCUGUUCAAGAUCCGCAUCUACGACUGCUCGGUGUACACCACGUGCCACGCCUGCCUGUCGGCGAAGGACCCGUUCUGCGGCUGGUGCUCGCUGGAGAACAAGUGCAGCCGGCGGUACGAGUGCCAGGACAGCUCGAAGGAUCCGCUGUCGUGGCUGAGCUACAAGUCCGGCAAGUGCACGACGAUCACGAGCGUGACGCCGCACCAGCUGCAGCGCACGACCGCCCGCACGCUCGAGCUGAUCAUCGAGAACCUGCCGAACCUGAAGGAGCCGCUCGUGUGCGCGUUCACGUUCGCCAGCAUGGAGAAGCCGAUCAUCACGAACGCGACCAAGAAGCGCAACGGCGUGAACUGUACGACCCCGCGGACGGACCUGCUGCCGCAGAUUGGAUACGGCGAAAACCACUUUAACGCGACACUGUCAAUCAAAACGUCCCAGGGGCCGGACAUCGUGUCGACCACGUUCACCUUCUUCGACUGCAGCACCCACCUGUCCUGCACGCAGUGCGUGUCGUCCAAGUUCCCGUGCGACUGGUGCGUGGAGGCGCACCGCUGCACGCACGAUACGGCGGAAAACUGCCGCAACGAUAUCCUGGUGACGGGCAUUAGCCGCAUCGGGCCGAGCUACCGGUCCGGGCCGGGCUUCUGCCCGACCAUCAACGUCACCGGCGAUGGGUCGGAGAUCCUCGUGCCGGCCGGCUCGAAAAAGUCCGUCCGGGUGAAGGUGCACAUCAUCGGGCAGUUCAUCGUGCAGACCCGCUUCGUCUGCCAGUUCAACGUGGAGGGCCGGGUGACGAGCGUCAACGCGCAGCUGCUGGGCGACACGAUCUACUGCGACGAGAUGGAGUUCACGUACACGGCCAAGACGUCCAAGCUGAACGCCACGUUUGCGGUCAUCUGGGGCGGCUCGAAACCGCUGGACAACCCGAACAACAUUCACGUCGUGAUCUACCGCUGCCGGGACAUGUCGGACAGCUGCGGCGUGUGUCUGGCGCUCGAGGAGAAGUACAAGUGCGGCUGGUGCUCGUCCUCCAACACGUGCGAGGUGGAGGACCAGUGCGGCAUCUCGGGCAAGGUCGAGGGCCAGAACAAAACCGACUGGCUGAACAAUCAGCAGACCUGCCCGAACCCGGAAAUCCACUCGUUCGACCCGAAGACGGGCCCGUGGGAGGGCGGCACCAACAUCACGAUACGCGGCAUCAAUCUGGGCAAAAAGUUCGAGGACGUGUACGGGGGCAUCAAGAUCGCCGGCAUCGACUGCAUGCCGUUCCGCGAGCUGUACGUGCAGACGAAGGAGAUCGUGUGCAGCGUGGACGGGCCGGGCGUCAAGUCGCACCGAUCGGGCCGGGUCGUGGUGCAGAUAUCGGACUUCCGCGGAGAGUCGGCGAACGAUUUCGAGUUCGUCGAUCCGGAGAUCGAAAACUUCGAGCCGAAGCACGGGCCGAUCUCGGGCGGCACCACGAUCAAGAUUAUGGGCCGCUACCUGAACACGGGCAGCCGGGUACGCGCUUUCCUCGAGCAGCACCCGUGCGAGAUACUGAGCACGAACGAUCGGGAGGCGACCUGCCGGACGACGGCGGUGCCGAGCCCGAUGCAGGGCAAGCUGAAGAUGGUGUUCGACAAUGGGGUGCGCGAGCUGAACGGCGACCUGUUCGAGUACGUGCCGGAUCCGUGGAUCGAGCUGGUGUCGUCCGGCGAGAGCAAAACGGCUAAAGGAAUUCCGGCCGGCGGCAUCAAGAUGGCGGUGCACGGUCGCAACUUUGGCUCGAUACAGCGGCCCCAGAUCUACGUGUACUACAACGGGCAGAUAUCGCUGAACGAGUGCAACAUCAUCAACCCGCAGCUGAUGGAGUGCUACUCGCCCAAGAUCGACCUGCAGGACGAGGACCCGUUCGGCGACUCGGACGAUCCGAUCAACCUCGAGUACGGCUUCAUCAUGAACGACGUGAUGAGCGUGCGCAACCUGUCCUCCCAGUGGGGCAGCUACUUCGAGCUGUACCCGAACCCGACCUACCAGCCGUUCGACGAGGUGAAGUACUUCAACAGCGAGUACCUGAACAUCAACGGGCGCAACAUCGACCGGGCGUGCAAGUACAGCGACGUGGUGGUGAAGAUCGGGGACAACGCGAUCUGCAACAUUACGUCGAUGUCGCGCCAGCAGGUCACCUGCCUGCCGCCGAAGAACCCGGACGCGAAGAAGGUGCACGUGAAGGUGAUCGUGGGCAACUCGCUGCAGUUCGACAUCGGCUACAUGGUGUACACGUCCGCGGGCAUACUGCCUAGCUUCAGCAGCAAGGCGGUCACGCUCGGCGUGGUCGUCGCGAUCGCGCUCUUCUUCUUCGUGAUCGUCGCGCUGGUGAUUGCGUACCGCAAGAAGACGAGCGAGAACAACCGCGUGCUGAAGAACAUGCAGGAGCAGAUGGACAUACUGGAGCUGCGGGUCGCGGCUGAGUGCAAGGAAGCGUUCGCGGAGCUGCAGACGGAGAUGACCGAUCUGGGCGGCGACAUUACGUCCGGCGGCAUACCGUACCUGGACUACCGGACGUACGCGAUGAAGAUCCUGUUCCCGAACCACGACGACCACGUGGUGCUGCAGUGGGAGAAGCCGGAGCUGCUGCGCAAGGAGAAGGGCCUGCGGCUGUUCGGCCAGCUGGUGAUGAACAAAACCUUCCUGCUGCUGUUCAUCCGGACGCUCGAGAGCAAUCGGUACUUCUCGAUGCGCGAGCGCGUCAACGUGGCCUCGCUGAUCAUGGUGACGCUCCAGAGCAAGCUGGAGUACUGCACCGACAUCCUGAAGACGCUGCUGGCCGAGCUGAUCGAGAAGUGCAUCGAUGGCAAGUCGCACCCGAAGCUGCUGCUGCGCCGCACCGAGUCGGUCGCGGAGAAGAUGCUGUCCGCCUGGUUCACCUUUCUGCUGUACAAGUUCCUGAAGGAGUGCGCCGGCGAACCGCUGUACAUGCUGUUCCGCGCGGUCAAGGGCCAGAUCGACAAGGGGCCGGUCGACGCGAUCACGCACGAGGCGCGCUACUCGCUCAGCGAGGAGAAGCUCAUCCGGCAGAUGAUCGAGUUCAAGGUGAUCACCGUGUACGCGAGCAUCACGCAGCCGCCGAUCCUGUGCAACAACAUCGAGAUGAUACCGACCAACACAGAGAACAUUCCGGUGAAGGUGCUCGACUGCGACAGCAUCGGGCAGGUGAAGGAGAAGUGUCUCGACACGAUCUACAAGGCGAUCCCGUGGAGCCAGCGGCCCCGCAAGGAGGAUCUCGAUCUCGAGUGGCGCACGGGCGCGUCCGGCCGCCUCAUCCUGUACGACGAGGACUCGACCUCGAAGACGGACGGCGAGUGGAAGAAGCUGAACACGCUGCACCACUACCGCGUGAGCGAGGGCUCCUGCCUCAGCCUGGUGCCGAAGGAGAGCUCGAUCUACAACAUCACGCUGCUCGGCGAGAAGUACUCGGAGAAGAUCCACAAGUACGAAACACUAAACAUAUCGAAGUUCGUGUCGCCGUCGCCCCCGUUCAGCCGCGCCGGCAGCCCGAUGAACGUGGACCUGCAGGAGAACAGCCUCAAGUACUGGCACCUGGUGAAGCACCACGACAGCGACGGCUCCAAGGAGGGCGAGCGCGUCAACAAGAUGGUUUCGGAGAUCUACCUAACGCGACUGUUAGCCACCAAGGGUACACUCCAGAAGUUUGUCGACGACCUGUUCGAAACCAUCUUCAGUACCGCGCACCGUGGCUCCGCACUGCCCUUAGCAAUAAAGUAUAUGUUUGAUUUUCUAGAUGAUCAAGCACUUUUACAUGGUAUUACCGACCCGGAGGUUGUGCACACCUGGAAAAGUAACAGUUUACCGUUACGAUUCUGGGUAAAUCUGAUAAAGAAUCCUAACUUUGUGUUUGACAUUCAUAAGUCCAACAUCGUGGACUCUUGCCUUUCGGUUGUGGCUCAAACCUUCAUGGACUCGUGUUCGACGUCGGAUCACAGGCUAGGGAAGGAUUCACCUAGCUCCAAACUGCUCUACGCCAAGGACAUUCCCUCGUACCGCGAAUGGGUGGAGCGCUACUAUAACGACAUCCGGGACAUGCCGGCAAUCUCCGACCAGGACAUGAACGCCAUGCUCGCGGAGGAGUCCAGGGUGAGUUUGCACACGACCGAAUUUAAUACCAACUGCGCGCUACACGAGCUUUAUCAGUACGCAGUGAAAUACAACGAGCAACUGACUGUCACGCUGGAGGAGGACGAGUUUUCGCAGAAGCAGCGGCUGGCGUUCAAGCUGGAGCAGGUCCACAGUAUCAUGUCUGCGGAGUAAGUGUGUGUGUGUGUGUAUGUGUGUGUGUAUUGUUUUUGCACGUCCGCGGGCUCGUGGCGCGUCGGUAAGUGCGAAGACAAAAUAAUAUAUGUAUAGAUGGUAAGCUACCUGUAUUGAUUUUUUUUUUGUGAAAAAAGGGCGCAUCGUUCAGAAACUACACAAGCGAGAGAGAGAGAGACAGACAGACAUUCAUAAAAGCAACAAACACACGAAACAAAAACAAAAAAAAAUAUUGUAUGCGAUAUUCAUGUUGUGAGCCCUGGGGGAUAAAAAUGUGAAAAAGAAACAGGGGUAAGGGGUAGAUACAAAACACGCAGGCACACACAGUCUUGCUGCAACAAACUAGCACACAAAGAUACACCCGGAACAGUAACACAAAACAUUCAAAAGACUUCAAAAAAAAAAAAAAAAAACGCGAAGAACAAAUUCACAAAUUCAAACACUAAUAUUGAUGUGCGGCGAGCGAAGAAGAAACACAAGCGUAUAGGAAAAAAAAAACACGACACAAAACAAAGCAAAUCACACACA